UGGUAUUUUCCGCCGUUGACAUUAUACGGCAUCGAAUAGGCAGCUGAAGUCGUUUAAAAAACAGUGGAAAAUCGGUUUUUUCAACAAAAUAUAUCAAAUUAAAAGUCGUGAAAAGUCACUCAGGACAUUUUUUCAUCCGGUUUCUGUGGGACAGCUGUAAAAAUUCACGUUUAAUUCGCCCUCUAAAGCAACCAAGAUGACUGACAGAAAAGCCGUGAUCAAGAACGCUGACAUGUCCGAGGACAUGCAGCAAGACGCUGUUGACUGUGCCACCCAGGCCAUCGAGAAGUACAAUAUUGAAAAGGAUAUUGCAGCAUACAUUAAGAAAGAAUUUGAUAAGAAAUACAACCCGACCUGGCAUUGUAUUGUGGGCCGAAACUUUGGUUCAUAUGUAACACACGAGACGCGUCACUUCAUUUACUUCUACCUUGGGCAGGUGGCAAUACUUCUGUUUAAGAGUGGAUAAGUGGUCAAAAUGAAGCCAGAAAAAAAUCUCAUUCCCACCUAAUCCCACUUCCCUCAGUAUUCUACUUUAUAAUUAAUGCCCCUCCCUAGAUUGACUGUUUUUUUUUUCUUUUAAAUUUAUGAUCUGUGAAAGUUGCCAGAUUAUUUUGUAUAUGAACGGUACCCUUGUCACAUAUUUCUGAGCUAAAUUCUAACUGUGCUGGGCAUUUCUAUAUGUUAGAAAUUUUUUCAUAAAAUAUGGGUAUAUUGUAGCUCAGAAAUCUGUUGAAAUGAAUGUGUUUUUUAUUUAGCUAUAAAUAACAGUUUUUUGAAUAAAUUUAUUUUGUUGAUAUGA